AUGGUUGCCUUUUCCCGAAUCGUUGCUGGCCUCUCGGUCAUCGCGGCCUCCCUCGCCGCCCCUACGGAGGUAGCCGAAAAGAAAGUUGAGACGCGUGCCGGCCGCUCCAACACCAAUUACAAUCAAGAUUAUACCACCGGCGGAACGGUGAACUUCACGCCGUCGACUAAUGGGUUCUCGCUCAAUUGGAAUACCCAACAAGAUUUCGUCGUUGGUGUUGGUUGGAACCCCGGCAGCAACCUUCCCAUUACUCAUUCCGGCACUUUCAAUGUGGCCAGUGGUCUUGGCAGUCUUUCCGUCUAUGGAUGGACCACCAACCCACUUGUUGAGUACUACGUUAUGGAGACCAAUGUUGGAAUCAACACAGGUGGCUCGCAGAAGGGCACAGUUACCAGUGACGGAGGCACCUAUGCUAUAUGGGAAAACCAGCGCGUCAACGAACCUUCCAUCAUAGGCACAGCGACCUUCAAUCAGUACAUCUCCAUCCGACAGGGAGGACGAAGCAAUGGCACUGUCACUAUUCAGAACCACUUUGACGCGUGGGCAGCAGCUGGUUUGCAUCUCGGCACGAUGAACUACCAGGUCAUUGCUGUUGAGAGUUGGAGCGGCAGUGGGUCUGCUCAGCAGUCCGUCUCCAAUACUGGCGGCUCCGGAACUCCUCCUCCUCCUCCUCCCGGAAGCACAACCUCAUCGGCACCUGGCUCCGGACCUACAGGUGGCGGUUGCUCUGCCUUGUACGGCCAAUGCGGUGGUAUCGGCUGGCAAGGCCCUACGUGCUGCUCCUCAGGUACCUGCAAGGUCGGAAACGCGUACUAUUCUCAGUGCCUGUAA